ACAAUGAGGAGGAUUAUGUGGAUUUGAGUAUGAAGGUGGUUAAGAGAAGGGAUCCGCUUAGGGGUAUUACAAUGGCUAAGGCUGUUAAUUCUGGUUUGCAGACUGAUGGCACUGGUGUUUUGAUAAGGUUGUUGCGGUCUGAGAUGGUUUCAACGACGCCGGAGGUUGAUGAGAGUAUUCCCCGUGGUGGCGGUCACCAUUGGACGAGUCUUGUUGUGCUUAGUAUUUGUGGUUGUGGCUUGUCGGUAUUUCCAGUAGAGCUUACGCAAUUGCCGCACAUAGAAAAACUUUAUCUAAAUAACAACAAGCUGACCGUUUUGUGGGUUAUAGGCUGGUUUCUAUCGCUUUGAUUAACAAAACUUUAAACUAAAAUAUAAAAACGAACUGAGAUGAAGAAGAAAAUAAUAUCAUAAAGGUUUAGAUCUAUAUUAUAGAUUAUAGUGGCAACCAGACCAACCCAUUCUCAUAACUAUAUUGAGUAAUUUAUAGUUUAUUACUUUUCAUUUAAUUUUACCACGG